AACAAAGCAAAGAGACUUGGUUUCAAAAUGGUCAGCUGGGUCCUAAGACGUUAGCAGUGGCAAGGGGCGAAGGGGGGAGUCAGGUCCCAUGCAGAAAAAAAGCAAGGGGAAAUUGCUCUAUUUCAUAGCAUCCCAAUGUGGAAUGUUUACAAAAUGCUCAUUAAGAGGAAGGAGGAUUGUGAGAUAGCAACCGAAAUCUGGUGAACAAGCUUAUACUGGAGGAGAUAAGAGAGUGAAGGGCUUGUAUGGGAGGCACCGCCAGCUCUAUCCAAUUACUGGGACCUGGAUGGGGGUGUGGAAACGAGAGGCAAAGACAGAGAGUUGGAUCACAAGCUCCAACUUCCAGACUUGUCAACCGUCAGUGACACAAGACGUUGAUACCCAUUUGCAGGGGGAUAAAAUAGGCGGCACCAGAGCAACGCUUUUGUCGAGUCCUGUGGCCAGCUAGAACGAGGCCAUGGAACCCGCAGGCUUUCAGCUGUGGGCAGCCGUCUCCAUUCUGGUGCACCUUGCAAACGGUAGUCCCAUCAUGAGCCUAGACAUGCCUCUUCUGGAGGAAGACAGGCCGUUCUUUGACGAACAGGAUGCCUUGCUUCAGACUUUGCAGAACGAGUUGCUGAAGGCGCUCAACAUCUCCGACAUCCCCCUGCAAGAGACAGCAGCCAAAGUGGACCCUCCGGAAUACAUGCUGGAGCUCUUUAACAGGUUUGCCACUGAUAAGACCUCCAUGCCAUCGGCUAACAUCAUCAGAAGCUUCAAAAAUGAAGGUAAGGUCUCUUAAACAAGCCUGUUAGGUGUUGCAGUUAGGAUGCAGAGGGGAAGUUUGAUGGGUGAUUUAUUAGCAAAGUGUUCCAGGUAAGCAGGUGUCAAGCUGGUUGACCUGCUACUUGGUGGACCACACACCUUAUCUGCCCAGCUGUUUGACAAAUGACUGCAAGUCAUUUGAACCAUUUGCUGGAUUUUCAAGUGCAUGGCACACCUGGUUUUUAAAUAUCUAUCAGGGAUGCUUUUUGAAAAGGUGACUACUAAUUUUGAGAUCUAAAUGGAGAAUCUCCUCCCAUUGCCCAAGUCUCACUUAAAAUGCUCCUUUGAAGAUAGUCAUGGUUGCCUUAUUUGGUAGCUCAGUGGUUUUUCAGUGUUGGGUCAUCUUUUUCACAUGCAGAAGGACCUAGGUUUAAUCCCCGGGACCUCUUGGGUAGGGCUGGGAAUUUUCCCUGCCUAAAACUUUGGAUUGUUGACAAUACUGAGCAAGAAGGACCAACAGCUUCCCAUGUUCCUAGAAGUAAGCACAACAGAAGUAAUCUGCUUAGCAUUUCCUCUGCAUGAGCUGCUGCGCAAACACACCACUGCGAUCCCACUCAGCUCCCACUGAUUUCAAUGGAUAUUGUGUCAGAGAACUUUCAGGGGGGGUUGUAUAUGUUGUUUUUUAUAUUGCUUUUGAUAACAAAAUCUUUCAUCAAUUAUUAUGCUCAUUUUCUAUAUAAAUAUAUAUAACACAAUGUAUUAGUGGCACAUGAGCUACACGCCAUUGGUAUUUACAUGGGUAACUUGGUCAUCAGAUGUGCCACAUAGUGCACUCCAGAUGUUGUUGGACAACUGGAUCCCUGAACAUUGACUGUGCUGAUUGAAGCUUAUGGAAGUGGCAGCCAUCAACAUCUGGAGGGCUGGAUGAAUAGGACUAUCCAUUCAAAGGGAUACUCUGCUUCCUCCUAGAUACUCAGCUUCCCACCCCAAAAAUCGAUGCAAUAAAAAUACUUCCUUCUACCUAGAAGGUUUUUCCAAAACUCUAAAGAAUCAGUGAUAUCAGAAGCAAAUCCUAUUGGAUUUGAUAGAGCUUACUCCCAAAUAAAUGGGCAGGGGUGCAGCCUUCAGCCAACUAAAAAUAUGUGGGGCUUUUGCAAGUUUUCAGAUUUUGUAUGAAAGCAAAAGAUGUUCAAUGUCCACAUAGCUCUCAGCACUUCUCAAUAACCAUCAUACUUUUUUGAGAGUGGCAUGCUUUUCCUUUCUGUUUUCAUAAUCAGCAUCUUAUAAACUGAGAUUCAGGAAAUGUAGACACAAUGGCACUUACUGAGAUCCUUCAGUUUCCUUUGAAUCGUGUUCUGGAAUAUUGUUUCCAUGAAUGCAGCUUAGACACUGGCAGUCCUGUUGUCAGCUAUGGGGAAGGACUCAGGAUGAACCGAAAUUCUCCAUUUAGAAAUUCUGAAGUCAAUGCAACCCAAACCCAGCAGUCUGGAUUAAUUGAUAUUUUUGGAAGGGUGAAUGCAGAGAGGGACAUUAUUUCCUUUUAAAACAGCUUGGUGUGAAACAUUCCCUAUAUAAAUCGGUCUCCUAGCCUGCCUGCAAAGUGCAACCUUUUCCUAUACAAAUCUCUAAGACUGAAUGAAUCAGCGUGGUGGACCUGAUCACAAAAGCCAUACCAUGAAAUGCAUUCUUAAAACGAGAUGGGUGUAUCCCACUUUCAUGAUGUGCUUCUGACUUGGAGAAGCAGCAUUUUUGCCAAUAACGCUUACUAAGAUCAUUUUAACAUUCCAAUUCGGAAAGUCGCUUAAGCCAAAGGGCUAAUUUAGUCACAGAUCACGGUUGACUUGCUUUACGCUCUCACACUCCAUCUUAACUAACUUGCAAAUUAUGGCACCGCUAACUGUUCAGAGGCAGGAGCCAAGCAGAACUUUAAAAGUCUGCACCAGCUUUCACAGAGAAGAGUCCACUUCAGCAGCUGUGUCUAAUGACGCCAUCAUGAAUCUGUGAGUCUUGAAAAGCUUUGUUGUUGUUGUUGUUUAGUCAUUUAGUCGUGUCCGACUCUUCAUGACCCCAUGGAGCAGAGCACGCCAGGCACUUCUGUCUUCCACUGCCUCCUGCAGUUUGGCCAAACUCAUGCUGGUAGCUUCGCAAACACUAUCCAGCCAUCUUGUCCUCUGUCGUCCCCUUCUCCUUGUGCCCUCCAUCUUUCCCAACAUCAGGGUCUUUUCCAGGGAGUCUUCUCUUCUCAUGAGGUGGCCAAAGCAUUGGAGCCUCAGCUUCACAAUCUGUCCUUCCAGUGAGCACUCAGGGCUGAUUUCCUUCAGAAUGGAUCGGUUUGAUCUUCUUGCAGUCCAUGGGACUCUCAAGAGUCUCCUCCAGCACCAGAAUUCAAAAGCAUCAAUUCUUCGGCGAUCAGCCUUCUUCAUGGUCCAGCUUUCACUUCCAUACAUCACUACUGGGAAAACCAGAGCUUUUACUAUACGGACUUUGAAAAGCUACAGGACUCUUUCUCAUUUUCACUGCAGUAGACUAACACUACCACCCUCCCAGAACAUUGAUUAAAAGAGAUUACUAAUGCACUCAUGCACAUAUGAAAGCCCAGACUGUCUUCAUGUAAACUCCAGUAGAUUUUAAACACACAUUUCUCAACUUUAGAGCUGUCAAGAUGACCUUCACCAGCAAGCAAACCCUUGCGGUGACUAUAGCCAAUGCCGAGGAAGGCUCUGUCCUGUGGGCCUCAUCAGGCCUGCCACAUUUAUCUUGCUUUCCUGAAUUUCAAAAUUUCACCAAGUGCGUAUUUCCUACCUCUUUCUUGUAAGAACCUCCUGUAGAAGCUCUCCAAACAAUUCUGGCUACCUUUGACAAUAUGUGAGACAGAAAUGUAUAAAGAUUUGCCCUUCCUCUAGUUUUGCGUUGGCCUUACUCACUUCUCCUUUGACCACCAAGUCAAUCAGAUUAAGCUCAGCAUUAAAUUUCCAUGGGGGUCUUUUAGAAAAGAUCCCCCGAACUCUCCCAAAACUACAAUAUUCAGGAUUCUUGGGUCAUAGUCAAUCUGGUUGAGUAGAAGUCCCCUCUAGCCCUGAGGUUCCCGAGAUGGGUGGUUCCACCUCCUGGGGGUGGGGCAGGCAGUGGGAGGGGUACUAAGAGGCAGACGAUCAGACUUUUAAAAGCUAGAAUCACUGGAUCAAGUUUAUCCAUUUUGUUGAAUUAAUUAAACUAAAUCAUUUUAAUUGGAUUUUGAAUAAAUGUGCAAUUAACUGUUACUGUUUUGAAUUUUAUUCUAUUGUUAUCUUCAGUAGGCCAUGCACACUGCUAUUCUGAACCAUGCUUUUUAUAGGGUGAGGCAAGGGUCACUGGGGAGGAGUUUAUGGAACCAAGGGGAAAAGGCCCUGAAAAGGUUUGGGACCCAUUGCUCGGCAUAGACGCCCUUUCGUUGGUGAUCCUGGCCAUACAGGGAAGAAGGGUAACAUUUGAUUGCUUUUAAUUUUCAGAGCAGAUUCCGCAGCCCAUCCACUUCAAUGGAAUACGGAGGUACCCUCUUCUCUUCAACGUCUCCAUUCCACACCAUGAGAAAAUAACAAUGGCGGAAUUGAGGCUCUACACUCUGGUGCAGGAGGACAGGAUGUUCUACAAUGGUCUCAGCAGGAAAGUCACCAUCCUGGAAGUGCUCGAGAAUGACCGUGGAAGAGGGAAGGAGGAAGAGGAGAGGAGAAUGAAAGUUCUGGCAUCCCGGCACAUUUACAGCACCGACAAUGAAUGGAAAACGUUUGAGGUCACGGAGGCCAUCAGGAGGUGGCAUCACUCAGACUCCACCACUCAUCAGCUGGAGGUGCAGAUUGAGAGCCGAGGGGGAGAGGAGGCCGUCGGAGGAGGGAAAGCAGAUAUAGACAUCGAUUCGGAGACCAAACAUGAGCCUUUACUCAUUGUGUUUUCCGACGACCGAAGCCAUGCCAAGAAAGAGGAGAAGCACGAACUGAAUGAGAUAAUAGAGCACGAGCAAGAUUUGCAGGACCCGGAAAUGAAUGAUUUCCAUACCAGCCCCAGAAAGGAGAAACUUCUGCAGAUCAGAUCCAACAUAAUCUACGACUCCACAUCCCGGAUAAGGAGGAACGCCAAGGGGAGCAGCUGCAAAAAGACUUCGCUCUAUGUGGAUUUCAAGGAGAUUGGCUGGGAUUCCUGGAUCAUUGCACCUCCAGGCUAUGACGCCUCACAGUGCAGGGGAGCCUGUUCCUUCCCUUUGGACGAUCACCUCACGACCACUCAUGCCAAGGCCCGGACUUUGAUUCACUUGAAUGAUCCCCAGAAAGCUUCUCCAGCUUGUUGUGUACCUACCAAGCUGGAUCCCAUCUCCUUACUCUUCUUAGAUAAUGGGGUUGUCACCUACAAGCUCAACUACGAAGGCAUGGCUGUCUCAGAGUGCGGGUGCAGAUAGUAGAAGGAUGCUUCCCACCCACAGGGCUUUGGGUCCUCCUCAGAUUAUUUAAUUCUUUCAUCUGUAUAUUUGUACAGUUUUGAUUUGUACAGACUUAAUAAGCUUAUUUAAUGAGGCAUGUACAGAUAAUUAGAGACAAAGGAAAUGGGCGACAGAUUAGAGGGGGUGUAUUUUCGCUUUCACGGUUGGCUUGGGGAAAGCAGGAUUGUGCAUUUUCACUUUACUCAAGAGUCAGUUUACACAAUCAGCAGAAUCCAGUGUUAAUUCUCUCCCUUUAUGCCAGAUUAUACCACUUCAAACUGCCCAUGGUUCAAUUCUCCCCCACAAAAUAAAAUGCCUCGCAGUCGUUUCUGCUGACUGUGUGAACUAACCCCCCCAAAUCUGGCCACUGAGAACCAUUUCAGUUCCCCCUUUUUGUGUCCAAAUCAGGAUUUGCAGUAUACUGUACACACAAAGGAUGUUAUUUUUAAAUAUAUUUCUGAGAACGAACUCAAUCAAUCGGAUGGUUAUAUGAUGCAUUCAGAAGAAAUUAAAAUUGCUGGACACAGUAUCGGUAAUGUUGAUGUGCACAAAUCUAGCCCCCACCCCCAUGUCACUAGAAAUUGCCUCAGACACAAAUUGUGCAGCACGCUCGGUCCCAGCUCCUGCCAACCUAGCAGUUCGAAAGCACGUCAAAGUGCAAGUAGAUAAAUAGGUACCACUCCGGCGGGAAGGUAAACGGUGUUUCCGUGCGCAGCUCUGGUUCGCCAGAAGCGGCCUAGUCAUGCUGGCCAUAUGACCUGGAAGCUGUAUGCCGGCUCCCUCGGCCAAUAAAGCGUGCCGCAACCCCAGAGUCAGUCACGACUGGACCUAAUGGUCAGGGAUCCCUUUACCUUCACCUUUACUAAGGCUUUGGGCCUACUCCACCAGAGGCGGAGUUGGGGGUUUGUGCAUCUCCAGUAGUUACAGACAAUGAGGUAAUUCUGAUAUGAUUGACAUGUAGAGAUGAUGCACUGACCAAAGUCCCCUUUUCUGCACAACUUUGUUUAACCUAGUUUUUAAUCAUUUAAAAGCAGAACAGAACUUCAAGUAAGCAUACAUAAGAGAGUCCAGUUACAGACUCAGAUUAUAGAACACCCGGUUACCACCCUACACAACUUUUGAAAGGUGCAAUACUUCACUACCCUCUCCUUUGAAAGAUCAUUGUGCAUAACCAGUUUGGUGGGGGCUUAUCCUAAGACAGACACGCCUGAUUCCAAUUGCAUAAAUGCUGGCAAUUCAAAAUUUGGUGCCAAGAACUAUAUUCUCCUCUUGCAUUAAUGACCUGCUCCAUGACUGUCAACAGAAAUAGACCAAGAAAAUACUGGUGACUUGGAAUUUGUCCCCACCCCACCUCACCCGCAAGACCCAAUGCUCUUUGCAUGCUUGUUGAGAUUCUACGGAGAGGGGAAAUUAUACUGUGCUUCGUGUCAGAAUGGAAUAUCUCUGCGGACAAAGAGAGGGUCUUUGCCUUUAUGAAGCUGUCAGUUCACAAGACGGUGCUCUCUCGAGUCACAUGUCAUGUUUCCGCCACUCGCCCUCCAACAAAUCAUUGCGAUAAGAAGGUGUUGGAGCUGAGAAACAAUAGGCCUGGUGCUUUAUUUAUACUAAGCUGGGAAUUUGUCAGAUUCUUUGGAAAGUGUAAUUGACGCUGAGUGCGCUGCCCUCCGCUGCAACCUACUGUACUGUCUCCAGCCUUUGUUUUACACUUUUAAGGCAAGGCUGUAUUCCCUGGAUGAGAUAACAGGCCUUGCCUUUGAGAGAAUGGACUCUUGACUCUUCAUGGGAAUCAACACCAAAGACAACGUCAAGGACUAACUCAAACCAGCUUAACCUACAUCCAUGCAGCCGUUAUUUAUUGAUAUAUUUAUUGACUGUUGUAAUAUAAUGUAGAAUACAAAAUCUUCUAUUUUUGUGCGGUAUGUAAGACACACGUGGACAAUCUUGUGCACUGAAUCAUACAUGGAUUUUGACGCUAAUAACGGCAAAAAAAAGUGUUACGGAUUUUCUCGCUUGUUUUCUUUUGUAAAUAUAUAAUUUGUCUCUUUUUUUAAUUUCUCGGUGUAAUACAAAAUAUAGUGGCAUAUAGUAUGCAGUCGCUUUUUUCCCCUUUCCCCUUUCUUUUUUGCUAGCCCAAAGUCCUUGAACACAAGGGACAGAUAUGAGAUCCAUGGAGAACACCUGGUACAUAUCACAAACUCUGAGAACCUGCUGUUAUAAGAAUUUUAAGGUCUUAUAUAUAUAAAAUAGAUGUUCAUAAACGUACCAAGCGAACACAUACAUAAAUAUAUGAACCACAUGUCUGAAACGCACAGAAAAGUUCUGGAACCAUUUUCUCUCUCCUCAAAUGACCUCAAAUAUUUCUCUGCAAGGUCGAAGGAAAGGGGAAAUCUGUCCAUUGUCUCUGUGCUCACAAAUCCUGCAUUAAGGAUUUAAGAUGUGAAUAGGGUGAGCCUGUGACCUGUGAUCUGGAUUCAGGAAUUGAUGAGUUAUCAUAACAAAAGAGUGGCCAAAACCCAGGUAAUGCAGUCAGGUAACCUGGCAGACAGGAGAUAAACAACAAACUCAGGAUUCUCUUUUAGACCGCCCCCUGUGAUGUAUGUAUGAUGUUUCUGGGGGUGGUCUGGAGUUUGAGGGUGGGCAAUUUAAAACGUCUAUAUAAGGGUGGGCACACCUUUGUUCUGGGUCCCACCCCACCCCUUGUGUGUGGUGAGCGAGGACCCUGUUGCAACAGCUUUAAUAAAGAUCAGGCUUACUAGCUGCUUUGCUUUUCAAUA